AUGGAAAGUCUGAGAAAUUGCACCUCAAAAAAAAGAGUUCAAGAAAUAGAAGCACAUAUGAAAAUAGCCAUGCGAAUACUUGAAACGAGUCUCUACACCAAAGUAGACGCCUUCCUAAAGCAUGCGCACGGGUAUAUAGUUUUUAAGCUCUUCAAAAACUCAGACAAAAGCCAAGAAAACAGCGAAAAUAUAGAUGCCUGUUCCAGGCGCUCUUCGGCGCGCGAGGGAACUGACCUUGUAGCGCUCAAAAAGGACGCGGACAAGCUAGUGGCCCAAGCCUUGGUGGACAUGAAGGAAAAAGCCCAAACAUACCGCCACAUUCUUAAAGCAGCUAGUGACUCCUGGCAGAAAAUGGAAGAGCCAAACCCCAACAUGCUGGGAAGCGCUAGGAAAAAAAACAUUGCUGACUUGUGCACAAUAAUAGACAAAACCGUCACCCAUUGGUGCGUCGAGUCUUUUUUGCUGGCUGUGGAUCUGCAAGAAAGCAUAAGCACGGGCGCAAAGCAUCUAAAAGACGCCAGCACAAGGAAUGCAGGAAAUGCAAAUGUCUCCGUAGAGGGCCAUUUUCAGGAGCAGAUGCCCAAGCUAGAGCUGGCCGAGCUUUUCGCCGAUGUUUUCACGCCCAUGCUGCAAAGCCUUGAAAUAAAAGUGGACCCGGCUGUGUUUUCCCAGGCUAUUUCAAACAGAAAGAGCGCCAAAGAGGCAGCACCUUCGGAUCCAGAGCCGCUGGAGUGCGCCAGCCAGCCCCCAAGCACGGAGGCCACUGCCUUUGAAGUGCCCAUGCAGAAGCUGGAAACCUCUAAGGCUGCUGAUUACAUCGCCAAUGCAAAGAAACUGAUAAUUGAGAAGCCUAAGAUCAUGCUCGCAUGCUUAGCAUCCACGGUGAGUUUAUUGGCUUUUUCUAUUCCUCUGGUCCACUUCCGCCUGGAGUGA